AUGUUUUAUAAACUAGUAUUACUAACCUGCGUAAUACUUAAUGACAGCAUCUGUGGACAAAAUGUUUGCAAGAGGCAAAAAGUAACUGAAUGGCACUCUGAACCACAGGAAGUCACAGUUCAGUGGAGUCUGACUCAGAACUAUUGUUUGGAUUUCUUUACUGAAUGCUGGGAAAUGCAAAAAGAAGACACAAACAGUGAUUUUUCUGAUAUUCAAAUGUUUCCACAAAUAUGUCCACUUGAAUUACAGAUAGGAGAUCGACUGUUUGUCUCUAUUAGUAUAGCAUUAAAAUCAUAUGGGAUGAACCUCAUUAAUGUGUCUAGGAAAGCAUUUGUAAGUUGUUCUAAAAUCAGCUAUGCCAACAAUCUGUUACUCUUUCGAAGCAAGGUAUCAUCAAGACACCAAGUUAACCCAAAAUGGCUUGCUGCUGGAACACAUUACUUUGUAGAAGAUAGUUCUCAGCUAUGCAAGAUGGGUCUUCGACUUAAUGUGACCAUAAAAGAACAACAUUGUCAAAACUUGCAGGAUGCACCAUUAUGCUCUGGCAAUGGAUUGUGUAGAACUUAUGCUUGGGAGGACAGCUAUAGCUGCCACUGUAAUGAACAUUACACUGGAAAGUUCUGUGAAGAAUUUGAUGCCUGUUCGCCAAAACCUUGUAAAAAUGGAGCAACAUGUUUAAACAGAGGAGGAAAAAAACAACAAAAUGAGGAUUAUGCGUGCACAUGUUCCCCCCAGUUUACAGGUUUCAAUUGCACAGAAGUAAUUGGGCAAUGUGAACCGCAUACAUGUGUGCAUGGGGAUUGUAAUCGCAUAACUCCACAUUCCUUUCAAUGUGUUUGUCACCAAAACUUCACAGGUCCAUUUUGUGACGAGAUAAAAAAAUCUUGCGAUUCACAGCCUUGUAAGAAUGGGGGUGUAUGCAAGGACAGUUGGCCAGAAUACAUCUGCGAAUGUCCACCAGGUUUCACUGGGCAAAUCUGUGACACCAAAGUGGAUGAGUGCAUGUCAUAUAUGUGUCAGAAUGAAACGACUUGCAUCAGUGAAGCAAAUCAUGUUUCAUGUGUCUGUGCAGCGGGCGUUACAGACACGCGGUGUCAAAAGCAGCUCAGGUCAUGCAGCUCAUCUCCCUGUUUGAAUGAUGGCAGCUGUGUGGAUCAGCAAAACGACUAUUAUUGCAGAUGCAGUCGAAAGUUUACUGGGAAGAACUGUGAGGAUAUAAUUGAUGACUGCAGGCUGCUCAGCAUCAACUGUCUAAAUGAAGGAUUGUGUCUCAACGUAAUUGGAGGAUAUAGUUGCCUUUGUGCUCCAGGAUGGACAGGGGAAUUCUGCCAGUAUGUGGAGAAUGCGUGUCUCAUUUAUCCGGACAGGUGCAGAAAUGGAGCACCAUGUAUUGACACUAGCCAGCCAAAGGGACAUCCACAGUAUGAGUGCAACUGCCUCCCUGGUUUUACGGGAGAACACUGUGAAACAGAAAUAAAUGAAUGCAUUUCCAAUCCAUGUAGACAUGGGGGAACAUGCAGUGAUUUUGUUGGACUCUACAAGUGCAUAUGUCCCACAGGUUUUCAAGGAGUAAACUGUGAGGUAGAUUUAGAUGCUUGUACAUUUCUGAACUCCAGCUGCCCUCCUGACUCGCUGUGUGUGGACCUGCCAAUUGGACUGCAGUACACGUGUCGUUCACCAUGCCCAGAGUACCUCAAGCCAUGUGCAAAUGGAGGCCACUGCUUUAUAGAUGAAAUUGAGAGUUACCACUGCGUCUGUCCACCUGGAUGGACUGGAAAAAACUGUUUGGAAAACAUAAAUGAAUGUGAAGAGCACUGGUGUCAAAAUGGAGCUACUUGUGAAGAUGACAUCAAUAAGUACAGGUGUAUAUGUCCUGAUGGCUUUACUGGAUUAUUCUGUGAAAUUGACAUUGACGACUGCAUUGGAAACCUGUGCUCGGAGCAUGGCACCUGUCUGGACCAGCUGUACAAUUACACCUGUCGCUGCAUGCUUGGAUAUGAAGGACACUUCUGUGAAACAGAGACUAAUGAAUGUACCAGCUUACUUUGUGAAAAUGGAGCCACCUGUGUGGAUUUAAUUGGUGAUUUCUCAUGUCAGUGUGCCAUAGGAUUUGAAGGGAGGACAUGUUCUGAAAACAUAGAUGACUGUUGGUCCAGACCUUGUUUAAAUGAAGGCACUUGUGAAGAUCUCAUCAAUGGUUUCAGAUGUGUUUGCCCACUUGGUUUUGGGGGAAUAGACUGCUCGGUUGACCUGGAUCUGUGUGGUAUGGAUUUAUGCCAGUCACAUACAAUUGAAUGCACUGAAACUGAAGAGGGUCAGAAUAUCAUUUGCGUAUGUGAAAAAGGUUUCACAGGUCAUUUCUGUGAGAUAAAUUUAAAUGAGUGUGACUCUAGUCCCUGUAAGAAUGGUGCAGUUUGUGAGGAUGAUGUCAACAGAUAUCUUUGUUUCUGCCCUGAAGGAUUUGAAGGCCUGAACUGUGAAAUUAACUUUGAUGAGUGCAGUUAUGGAUUCUGUCAAAACAACUCUACCUGUACAGACCUGGUUGCAGACUACAAUUGCGCUUGUACACUGGGUUUUAUUGGAUUUGAAAGUGAGGACUGUUCUGUUGAAGUGAAUGAAUGUAUGUCAAAUCCAUGUGACCCUGUGGGAAGCCUCUACUGUGAAGAUCUUGUAAAUAGCUUCAGAUGUGCCUGCCGCCUUGGGUAUAUGGGACAGCAAUGUGAAGUUCCCAUAAGUCAUUGUGUAGAUGGACUUUGUCAGUAUGGAUCAAAGUGUGAUGACCUCCCUGGUGGGUUUAGAUGCCAUUGUCUUCCUGGGUUAAGUGGCCAGUUCUGUGAAGUGAACAUUGAUGAAUGUCAGCAAGGACCUUGUGGUGCUCUUAGCAUUUGUAAAGAUUCUGUAAACACAUUCCAGUGUUUCUGUGCACCAGGCUUUAUAGGCAAUAACUGUGAGAUUGAAGUGGAUGAGUGUCUAAGUGACCCGUGUCAAAACGGUGCCACUUGCUAUGAUGAGCUUGAUGCCUUUAGCUGCCUGUGUCCUGAUGGAACUGAAGGUAACUAUUGUGAAAUCAACAUAAAUGAAUGUCACUCGUCUCCCUGCUUCCAUAAUGCGACAUGUAUUGACUUUAUCAAUGGAUAUGAAUGCAUCUGCCUACCUGGCUUCACUGGUGUAGAAUGUGAAAUUGACAUAGACGAGUGUGCUUCUUCUCCCUGCAUGAACGGAGCGACUUGCAUUGACCAACCUGGUAAUUACUUCUGCCAAUGUGUGGCUCCAUUUAAAGGUUCUAACUGUGAGUUCAGGCCAUGUGAGGCCAGUAAUCCUUGUGAGAAUGGGGCUGUGUGUGUGGAGGAGAUGGCGUUGGACACAUUUCCCCUUGGAUUCCGCUGUCAGUGUGCAAAGGGCUUUGCAGGUCCACGCUGUGAAAUCAAUGUCAAUGAGUGCAGUUCCAACCCUUGCCUCAAUGGAUACUGCUAUGAUGUUGUGGGUGGAUUUUACUGCCUCUGUAACCCAGGGUUUGCUGGGGUUAGAUGUGACCAGGACAUUGAUGACUGUAUCAACAACAUGUGUGCAAACAGCUCAACCUGUGUGGAUCUCAAUUUGAGCUAUCAGUGUAUCUGCCUGCCUGGGUGGGAGGGAGAGUUUUGUGAGCAGGAAUCCAAUGAAUGUAACUCAAAUCCCUGUAAGAACAAUGCAACGUGCACAGAUCUCCUCAAUGACUACCGAUGCAUAUGUGCUGUUGGUUGGAGCGGAGCUGACUGUACCCAGGAUGUGAAUGAAUGUGAACCUAACCCCUGCCUGAAUGGUGCCAAGUGUAUUGAAUCAGCUAUCCCAGGGAAAUUUGAGUGCAUCUGCCUUCCAUUCUUCACUGGUGACUUUUGUAAAAAACAAUACGAUCCGUGUGACGUGCAAUACAAUCCAUGCAUAAACAAUUCAUCAUGCUUGACACAGAUCAAUGGGACAGCAGCCUGCAUCUGCAGAAAAGGAUUUGAAGGUAUUCACUGUGAAAUUGACACAAAUGAGUGCAUCUCUAGCCCUUGUCAGAAUCAUGGUCACUGUCUGGAUGGGACCAAUAGAUACAGCUGUGAAUGUAGAACUGGUUUCUCUGGUGUACAUUGCGAAGAGGAUAUAAAUGAAUGCAUUUCUAGUCCCUGCAAAAAUAGUGGAACAUGCCAGGACCUUGUGAAUAGGUUCCAGUGUCAUUGUUCACCUGGGUACUUUGGAUCUCUCUGUGAGCUGGACGUAAAUGAAUGUGAGGCACAGCCGUGCCUGCAUGGAGGCAGCUGCUUCAACAUGCCUGGAGGUUUCCAGUGUGUUUGUCCUCCUGGAUUCUCAGGGAUCCGGUGUGAAAUAAAUAUAAAUGAAUGUGCAUCUGCGCCAUGCCUUAACAAAGGAAGAUGCAUUGACAGUGUCAAUUGUUAUCAGUGUUUAUGUGCCAGCGGCUUUAUGGGAUCAAAUUGUGAAACAAACAUUGAUGAAUGUGCAUCAAACCCUUGUCUUCAUGGGAGUUGCACUGAUCAGGUUAAUGGAUACCUGUGUGACUGUGAACCAGGCUGGACUAGUUUAAGAUGUGAAAACAAUAUUAAUGAAUGUCAGUCCAGUCCAUGCUUAAACCAAGGAUUGUGUUACGAUCUGGUCAACAAAUAUGCAUGUUUUUGUCCUGAUGGGUACAAGGGGAAACGUUGUGAAAUAGACAUUGACAUUUGCAAUGAGAGUGCACAGAAUUUCACCCUGUGUUUCAAUGGAGGAACUUGUGUGGAUGGCCCUGCCAUGACCUUCAGUUGCAGAUGUCCCAAUGGGUUUUCUGGUGACUUUUGUGAAGAAGAGAUUAAUGAAUGCUACUCGGGGCCAUGUCUUCAUGGUGCCAUCUGCCAAGACGUUGUAAAUGGGUAUCAAUGCCACUGUAGACCAGGUUGGACGGGGAUCCACUGUGAAUAUGACAUUAACGAGUGCAAGUCAGAGCCAUGCUUCCAUGGGAUAUGUAUCGAAAAGGAUCCUGGCCAGGGAUACACCUGUUUUUGCCGUCCUGGAUUUGUGGGUCGUAACUGUGACUAUAACUACAAUGACUGCCUGAUGCAUACCUGCCCAGUCGAUUAUCACUGUGUUGAUGGAAUCAACAACAUCACCUGCAUACCUACUGAAAUCACAGAGACCACUACCUGGAACUCACUUAUCAAUCCAACUUCCACGAUGAAACCGACGCCGCCGACAGUCUUGUUCCCCUCGCCGGCGCCUAGAGUGACUGUCGACCCGUCUUCCCAGCGCACUUAUGUGCACUAUAAUGGAAAUUCAUUUUUGGUGUUUGAAGGAAUCUCUCUUCAUGCACAGAACAACAUUUCUGUGAGAUUCCAGUCCCAAAACCCUGAGGGAACCCUUCUUUAUGCAGAUCAGGGCCAAACAGCAGCUGACUUUUUCUUCAUUAAACUGUUUAUUGAGCACGGCAAUUUACAGUAUAAUUUUUCAUGCAAGCAUGAAGAAAGAAUACAGAGUGUUAACACAACAAUAAGAGUUGAUGACGGAAAGGAGUACAUAGUCUAUAUCAGGCAAUAUUUAACCCCUUGUGAAGCUGAAGUGACUGUGUCUGGCUCACUGACAGUGAGGAGCAUGCCCAGUAAUAACUGGUCAGGACUUACAAAUCAGAAAACAGGACCUCUUUUCAUUGGUGGAUUACCUCUUAGCUACUGGCCCAAUCAGGCUGCUGAACCUUUAUACAACUUUACUGGCUGCAUUGAAGUAAUUGAAAUCAAUAAGCUGAGUCGCUUAUUCCCUUCCACUGCUGUGGGCAGCAACAAUGUCAACAACUGCAGGUUUUCCUGGCACAAAGUAAUGCCAACAGCUUUAAUGACAAGUCAAUUGGCAGUGAUCAACUUUACCCCAGCCAUCAGCAAAAUGCCCACAUCUGCUUUGAUACCAACCCCAACUCCUCUGCCAGUUUCAGCCUGUCAGGAAGCAUUGUGCCAGAAUGGAGGGACUUGCCGUCAUGUAAAGCUACAAAGUGGUGCCACUUCCUUUCAGUGUGACUGUCCCCUACAUUUCACCGGACACUUCUGUGAAAAAGAUACCACAUUAUUCUUCCCAUCUUUCAAUGGUGAGUCAUAUCUGGAGCUACCAUCACUUACUUCCCUGGCUGAGAGCACAGACAGCAAAGUUACUUUGUCCCAAGACACUGAGAACACUGUUACCCUUUACUUGACAGUGAAAACAAGUGCUUCACAUGGAACCAUCCUUUACACCAGAGAAGAAAAUUUUGGGGAGCAGUUUCUGCAUAUGCUAAUUGUUGAUGGGAGACCAUUGGUGAAGCUAGGUUGUGGAGGGUUUCAAGUCCUGACUGUAUGGGCAAAUGAAAACAUCAACAGCGAUCGGCUGACACCAAUCACAAUACAAUAUCAGUUGCCUGUUAGUGCAUAUGGAGGAUACUGUAUGAUUGAAGUGGCUGUGAAUAAUCAUGUGCCUUCCAAGCAGAAGGAAUACUUGUCCCACCGUGUAUUUGAGGCUAAUUUUGGCCCAGUAUUCCUUGGCAAUAUUCCUUCACAUUCUGAGCUGUAUGAUGGAGCUGAGAAGGUAAUUGGCUUUCAUGGCUGCAUUCGAGAGCUGCAAGUGAACACAAAGGAGCUCUUUAUUGUGGAUGAGGCAGUGAGGGGGAAGAAUAUUGAAAAUUGCAACGCUCCUGUUUGCCAGUACCACCCCUGUCGCAAUGGGGGCGUGUGUGUUAGUGAUGCAGAGAACUGGUUCUGCAAGUGUCCUGACCUGUAUUCUGGGAAGCUGUGCCAGUUCACUGCAUGUGAAAGGAGCCCAUGUGGACAUGGUGCAACCUGUGUCCCCAAAACUGACCAAGAUACUGUUUGUCUCUGUCCCUAUGGGAGAACUGGAAUCCUCUGCAAUGAAGCUGUCAGUGUUACUCGGCCAAGAUUUAGUGGAAUAGAUGAAUUUGGAUCCACCUCCUUUUUGGCAUAUUUUACAAUCCACAAUAUGAGCUUUUACUUUGAGUUCCAGUUAAAAUUCACCUUAGCUAACAACAGGUCUGCAGUGAAAGAUAACCUUAUUGUCUUCACUGGGCAGAAAGGACAAGGUCUCAAUGGAGAUGAUUUCCUAGCAUUGGGUCUGCGAAAAGGCCGAAUUGUUUAUAAAUUCAAUCUGGGCUCUGGUGUUGCUACCAUAUUAAGCGAGCCUCUCAAUCUGGAACGUGAUAUCCAUAUUAUCCAUUUUGGCAGAUCACUUAAAACUGGAUGGUUAAAGGUGGAUGACCAGAGGAAUAAAACAGGCUCUUCCCCUGGACAGUUGGUGGGUCUGAAUGUUUUCAGCCAGUUUUAUGUAGGAGGAUAUAAUGAGUAUACACCAGAACUGCUUCCAGCAGGUUCCCACUUCAGCAAUGGCUUUCAAGGCUGCAUCUUUGAUUUACAAGUUCAGACGAUCAGAAAUGGACGAUUUCGAACACCAGGAAAGCCAGAAGGACACCCCAGUGCUGGCCGCAGUGUUGGGCAGUGUGACGACACACCAUGUAGUCUGGUCCAAUGUAAAAAUGGAGGAACAUGUAUUGACAGAGGUUCUACUGUGUACUGUAAGUGCCCAUUAGAGUGGAAGGGAGCGCUCUGUACAGAAACAGUCUCUGUUUGUGAUGCUGAGCACACACCCCCACCACGCUGUGCCCAGGGCUCCACUUGUGUUCCUAUUCCUGAUGGAUACACCUGUCAGUGCCCACUCGGGACAACCGGCAUGCACUGUGAACAAUCUCUUAGGAUCAGUGAUCCAUUUUUCAGCAGCAAUGAGUCAUCGUGGAUGUCAUUUACUCCUUUUAACAUAAGACACAGAACCCACCUCAGGAUGCAGUUCAAGUCUCUGUCUCCAGAUGGCAUGCUGUUCUAUACAGCUCAGCAUCUCAGCCCACGUUCAGGAGAUUUUUUUAGUGUAUCCUUGACGCAUGGAUUUGUACAGCUGCGCUACAACCUUGGUGACAAGACUGUAAUAUUGCAAGCAUCAGAUCUUGUAGAUGCCAGUGGGAAAACCUGGCAUUUAGUUCAUGCAGGCAGAAAAGGUAAUGAAGGUUACUUAGCUUUAGAUGGAAAGACUGUUACACAGAAUCUCACUGUGGGUAUGACUGCACUGGAUGCAACCACUAACUUCUAUGUGGGAGGAGUGUCCUCUUUAAAUGCCGUCUCCUCUAAUGCUAUAGAGGAUGAACCUGUUAGUUUUACUGGCUGUAUACGUGAGGUUAUUAUUAAUGAGCGCGAGCUUCAAUUAACUGAGUCUGGGGCCCAUUCCGGUGCGAAUGUCGGAGACUGGGACGGCACAGCCUGUGGUUACAAAGUGUGCAAAAACCACGGAAGCUGUAAUUUGAACCGUUUUAAACAAUUCAUAUGUACUUGUCCUCCACUGUGGACUGGCUCUACAUGUGCAACGUCAGUAUUCUGUGCAGAUCAUCUUUGUCAACAUCAUUCUCUGUGUAUUCCUAACAUUCCUACAGCAUCAUACAGUUGUGCUUGUACUCUAGGCUGGGAAGGGAAAUAUUGUGAAAAACAUGUAUCCUUUUUAACUGCCAGGUUUGCAGGCAAUUCUUACAUUAAAUAUACUGAUCCCUAUUAUGAAACAAGAAACCUGAAGUUCACAAAGGUUUCAGUUAACUUUACAUCCAAUGCAAGUGAAGCACUUAUAUUGUGGAUGGGAACAGCAGAAGAUGAAGACGACGAUUACCUUGCAGUGGGACUGCAUCAUGGAAAGCUUAAGGUUGCCUUUAAUCUUGGGGAAAGAAUUUCUGUCCCCCUUACUUACAAUAAAACGUUGCUGUGUUGUAACAAAUGGCAUUCAGUCACAGUGAUUCAAAACCGGACUGUAAUUAAGGUGUACCUUGAUGAUGAGAUGGUUCUUUUUGAAGAUUUAGACCCAUUUGAACGGUAUGUUGCUUUAAAUUAUGGUGGAAUCUGUUACUUUGGGGGUUUUGAACUUCACAGAGAUAUAACGAGUUUAACCUCUGCCCUCUUUACACAGGGGCUAACAGGAAAAGUUAAAGAUUUUAUACUCUUUCCAGAUUCCAAAAACACUCAGUUUCUUCAAAGCUCGGAAGGAUACAAUGUUUAUAGUGGGGAUAACUAAAUACCUUUAAAAAAAAAAAAAAAAAAGUUUACUGGUUAAGGGAGCAUUCAUUUGCUACUUAAUUUUGAAACAAACCCCUAAAGUAAUUACAGCGUGUCUUUCUAGGAUGUAGCCUAGGAUUACACUUUAAUGAUGUAACUGCUAUACUUGCAGCAGCUUCUAAAAAAUAAAUUAAAAAAAUAAUAGUUACUGUUUUGUUAUUUGGUACUUUUUAAAGCCACGGUAGCACAGGACCACAAUUCAAAUUUAAUCAUAGGGAUAGUUCUUAUGUACUGCAUACAAGACUAAUGAAAGCAAUAUACAGUAUUAAGAGGAGAUGUACUGAAAUGAUAUUUUUUGUAUAAUGCAGUUUUGUAUAGUGUAACAUGAUUCAGUGUUUUCUUCAAUUAUGUCUACUGGUGUGUGGUAAUUUAUUAUUUGAUUUAUGUCC